AUGAGAGUUUUUGUGCUUGUUUGGUUGUUGUGUCUGUGUGAGGUUGAAGGGAGAAAGGGGUGGAAGGGGCCUUGGGAGAGGUAUAUACGCGCGCCCGAGGACAAGAGAAGGAUUGUGCCGAGGCGGAUAUGGAAGACGGAAGGGGAUGUUGAUGUUGUCGUUGAGGAGGGGACGGUGAGGAUCGGGGAGGGGGGGUGGGUGAGCUGGGAGUUUGGGGAGAACAUCUCUGGGAGGGUCUGUCUUGUCGUUGAGGGUGUCGAGGGGGGGUUGAAGGAGGUCAGUCUGGCGUACUCGGAGUCGUAUCUCUUUGCCGGACCGGUGCCGGACGCGACGACUGACAGGCGGAUGAGGGACCUGCCUCUACGGUUGGGGGUGGAGGGACCGGGGGAGGUUUGUGUUGGGAGGGAGUUUGUGAGGGGGGCGUUUGGGUAUUUUACUCUGCAUGUCCCCAAGGAUGGGGACGGGGAUGGGGAUGGGGGCCAAGGAUGGUUUUGGGGGGUGGGGAUGGGGGGGAGGAUCUCGGGCUUGGGGAGGAAGAAGAAACGGAUUGCCAUCUCGGAGGUCCGGGUGAGCUGCUCCUCGUUUCCGUCUCAGGGCGACAACGGAAGGGAGGCGUACACGGGGUACUUUUCUUCUUCAAGCGACCUGCUGAACAAGAUCUGGUACGCGGGGGCGUACACGCUCCAGCUCGGCAGCAUCGACCCGAGAGAAGGGGGCGCGCUGAUCGACUACAACCGUAUUGUUGACCACAACCGCUCGCCUGCCGGGUCGUGGUACAGCAAUUUCACCAUCUCGGAGGGGGGGUCGGUCACCACCGAUGGGGCGAAGAGGGAUAGGAUGGUUUGGCCGGGGGACAUGUUUAUUGCCAUACCUUCCAUUGCGGUGUCUACUUCCGAUUGGGUCAGCGUCAAGAACGCGCUUCGGGUGAUUUUCAAAAAUCAGUAUUUCGACGGGCGACUGCCGUAUGCGGGGCCACCGAUGGGGGUUACGGAGAAUAGGGAGUUCAGCGACACGUAUCAUCUGCACAGUUUGCUUGGGGUGUUUGGGUAUGUUUUGUGGUCGGGGGAUCUGGGGUGGCUGGGUGAGAUCUGGGGACGGUACCUCUUUGCGCUGCACCACUCCAUCUCGAUUGUGGAUGCCAUGGGGCUUGUCCACGUCACGAGCACGGCGGACUGGUUGAGGCCGGGGAUGACGGGGCACAACCUUGAGGCUUCGGCGCUCCUGCACACCGUCCUCUCCCGUUCAGCCACCCUGGCCAGUUGGCUAGGUCAUGACGUCCCCCCUCUCUGGGCAGCCACCCAGACAAGACUUGAGACCGGCCUCAGCAGGCUGUACUGUCCCGAGACGGGCCUGUUUUCAGAUAACAUCGGCCAGAGGAGCUGCUACCCCGAAAAGGGACAGCCGUACAGCCCCGUCCUCCCCCAGGAUGGGAACUCCUGGUUGUUGAUCUCGGGCGCGAACCUCGCUCCCUCGGGGUUGCCCUUCCGGUCACCCAAAUCACCCUCUCGAGCACCCUCCCCAUUGCCACACGGCCCGCCUACCAGACGGCAGAUCUCGCAGAAGUUGAGAAGGAGGUGGCUAAAACACGGGGCGCCGUGUCCAGAGUUUCCAAACACCAUCAGUCCUUUUGCCAGUGGGUUUGAACUACUGGGGCAUGUCCACUCUGGGGAGGUGGACACGGCGGUGGAGCUGAUGUUGUUGGAAUGGGGCCAUCUGGUUAAUGGGGAUGGGUUUAAUAAUGGGAGCACGCUUGCGGAGGGGUUCAGGAUUGAUGGGGAUGUUCAGUAUCCUGCUUACCCUUCCCGGGCGAGGAACUCUCUCGCGCAUGGGUGGGCGAGCGGGCCGACGUGGGUGUUGAGUGAGUGGGUUCUGGGGAUUGAGGUCAAGACUCCUGGGGGUGGGGAGUGGGAGGUUAAGGGGACGCUGACGAAGUGGUUGGGGUGGGUGAGGGGGGGUGUGACGCUGGGAAACGGGGGGAGGGUUGAGGUGAAGGUUUGGAGGGUCGUGAGUGAGGAUGAGAAGGGAGUGGUUUACGAGGUUAGGGCCGAGGGGGACACGAAGGGUGUGGUGGCGGGGAUGAAGAUCAAGGGUGGCGAGAGGGUGGUGGUUUUGGUCAGGGAGGGGGACAAGGGGGAAGGGAUUGAUUUGGGAGAGGUGAAGGUGGUGGGUGUUGAAGAGGACGAGUGGUACAGGAAUACCGUGGUGGGACGUGGGGGGGAGGAGUGGGUGUUUGAUGAGGACUGGAAAGAACCGAAGAUGGAAGAGAGGGAGCAGGGGGUUGUGGAUUGGGAGGUGAUGGAGGAGAACUUCAGGACGGAGGUUUGGGAGGGGUGGGAGGCACAUGUUGGGUGGGUAAAGGAGGCGAGUGAUUUGUAG